CAAACAAGAACGAACGGCUGCUGCUGCUUCUCUCGCUGCUUCAUCAUUGCUGCUGCUUGCCCUCUUGUCUCUCAUUCCUUCCUCCUCUCGACCGGCUUUUUGUCUGACUUUAUCAUCCCUGGACCCGUCCUCUUUUCUCUCUUUUCCCCCUCUCAAUCCUGCGAUUGCUUUAGAGCCUCCGUUGUUUCCCCGUACCUUAUUUGAUUGAUUCCAGCUCACCCCCCUCCCCGUCGACCCCUUAAACAUCAUGGCCCCCAUUAACGAGACUCCUUCGCCCAUUGGCAUUGCCAACCUCCCUAACCAGCGACACAAGAUCGUUGCUAAGCGCGGAGCGGCUUUCACUAUUAUGGUUGCUGGAGAGUCAGGAUUGGGAAAGACCACGUUUAUCAACACCUUGUUUUCCACCACCAUCAAGAACUACGCCGACCACAAGCGCCGUCACCAGAAGCAAAUUGACCGUACGGUUGAGAUUGAAAUCACCAAGGCCGAGUUGGAGGAGAAGUUCUUCAAAGUUCGUUUGACGGUCAUUGAUACCCCCGGCUUCGGCGACUAUGUCAACAACCGCGACUCCUGGCAACCCAUCAUUGAAUUCCUGGACGAUCAGCAUGAGUCGUACAUGUUGCAAGAGCAGCAGCCCCGCCGUACCGACAAGAUUGACAUGCGUGUUCAUGCCUGCUUGUACUUUAUCCGCCCCACUGGACACACUCUGAAGCCCCUCGAUAUCGAGGUUAUGAAGCGCCUGAGUUCUCGUGUCAACCUUAUUCCCAUCAUUGCAAAGGCCGACACUCUCAGCCCCGCCGACCUUGCCCGUUACAAGCAGAGGGUUCAAGCCGUUAUCGAAGCCCAGGGCAUCAAAAUCUAUACCCCCCCAAUUGAAGAGGAUGAUGAGACUGCCGCUACCCACGCCCGCAGCCUGAUGGCUGCCAUGCCUUUCGCUGUGAUUGGUUCCGAGAAGGACGUGAAGACCAACGACGGACGUGUUGUGAAGGGCCGCCAGUAUGCUUGGGGUGUUGCGGAAGUUGAGGACGAAGAGCACUGCGACUUCAAAAAGCUCCGCUCGAUUCUCAUCCGUACACAUAUGCUCGAUCUCAUCCACACUACCGAGGAGCAGCACUACGAAGCGUACCGCGCCCAACAAAUGGAGACUCGCAAGUUUGGCGAAGCCCGCCCCAGGAAGCUCGACAACCCCAAGUUCAAGGAAGAGGAGGAGAAUUUGCGCAAGCGAUUCACCGAGCAGGUCAAGGUCGAGGAGCAGCGAUUCCGACAGUGGGAGCAGAAGCUUAUCUCAGAGAGAGACCGCCUCAACAAGGAUUUGGAGGCUACCCAUGCGGCGAUCAAAGCUCUCGAACAAGAAAUCGAAGGGCUGCAAGGCUCUACCACCCGGAGCCACGGCCGUCGUUAAAAAUGAUUGUAUCCCACUGGCAGCAGGCAGUAGUGGUUCUUUGCUGGAAGGUGAAAAAAGCAGACGUGUGCAUUCGUCUCGACUAAUAUGGUUUUACACUCGACUACCCCUUGAUUGUUUUUUUCUUCUUCGUCUUCUUUUUUUUUUCCCCCUUAUUU